CCUUAGUCCUGCUCUGUACCAUUGUCAGUAGAGAUCUGCAAGGAUCUCUCCUAAUGGACGCACUGAUUUUGCCUGCACCUGAGACAAAGCCGGAAGGAAGAUCACAAUGGAAUAAGAAACAGCAGUACGUAGGGAGGACUAGAGGGAAAUGGAAAGCAGAAAAAAACCAAGAAAUAUGCUGUAAUGAAGAAGCGAAUUAGCCUUAAAGACCAGCGCAUUAAAGAGAAAGACAGAGCAAAAAUUCAGCCGAAGAAGGAAGAUCCCACUGCUAUCAAAGAAAGAGAAAUCCCUCAGCUCCCAUCAUGUCUUUUCUUCCAAUAUAAUACCAACUUGGGGCCACCCUACUACAUCCUCGUGGAUACCAAUUUCAUCAACUUUUCCAUCAAAGCAAAGCUGGACCUAGUACAAUCUAUGAUGGAUUGUCUUUAUGCUAAAUGUGUCCCCUGUAUCACAGACUGUGUGAUGGCUGAAUUGGAGAAACUGGGACAAAAAUACAGAGUGGCUUUGAGGAUUGCAAAGGACCCAUCAUUUGAGCGGCUGCCUUGCUCUCACCCUGGAACCUAUGCAGAUGACUGCCUUGUACAAAGAGUUACACAGCAUAAAUGUUAUAUUGUGGCUACAGUGGACAGAGACCUGAAAAGAAGAAUCCGGAAAAUCCCUGGUGUUCCGAUCAUGUAUAUCUCAAACCACAGAUAUAAUAUUGAACGAAUGCCAGAUGACUAUGGAGCGCCACGGUUUUAAGACUUGCUUGAUCAGCAUUCAAACCUUCACGAUAAUGUGGACACUUUUCUGUAGAAAGCAGUCAUACUCUACUACAUGGAACACGGAAGCUCUGGGACAAAGGCCUCUGCAACAAGUCUUCAGAACCAGCUCAGGAAAAGAUUCCAUGGAUCUAUUUCAACGACUGUUUGAUUUUAUGACAUUCUUAGUAUUGCUGACCCUACUGGGGCACGUGUAGAAAUCAUUGUUGCUUCUUCAUGACUCCCAAAUGAAAUGUUCUUUAAUUCUGCAUACAAACCCUACCCUGUACUAAUGCUUUCAAUGUUCCACAUCUGUUACAACAUACUUAAAUGGUAAUCCUUUUCCAGCCAAAUACACUGCAGAGCUAAGUUAAGUUGGAAUAUCUGGUCUUUUGGCAAAGUAGCCAAACAAGUAGUUCUUUGCAUGGUUUGGCCCAGCGCAGCUAAAUAUUGGACAACAUAGGCCCCAUGCAGUCUGUAUGCAACGGAAAGCGUCCACAACUUGAUGCAGUCAUCACCCAACAGAAUUUAUAGCUUUCGUAAUAGAUAUCUAAUUUACAAAAUAUCAGUCAUUCUGGCUUCUUACACUAGCCAAUUAGUAGUCAACUCUGUCAGGAGAGGGUGAUCCAGCAGCCAGUUAAUGGUCAGCAUUAUUUGCAAAAUGUUGUUAGCAUUAUGCUGUGUACAAUAAACUAUUCCCAGCCUGGCUCAAA